AUGCUGGGAUCAGAGCGCGGCAGCGGAAAGUAUCUUACUGGUGACGACGCCCCGGGACGUGGAAGUGCGCACCGCCAGGCACCACUAUUCUCUGUCUCCUUUGCUGAAGCGGGAGAUUUGGAGGACGAACCUCCCUCCCCGUCACCACUACCGCCGGCGCCGUUCGGUACCCCCGUCUCUGCCCUUCUGAUGGGCCCCAGAGAGGUUCUGACGACGUUGUCGAUGCUGCUGCUCGUUGCCGCGGAUGUUGGACUCCCCCAUUUUCCGGUCGGCUUGGGUGAGCGCGGCAGCGGACCGUAUCUUACUGGUAACGACGCCCCGGGACGUGGAAGUGCGCACCGCCAGGCACCACCAUUUUCUGUCUCCUUUGCUGAAGCGGGAGAUUUGGAGGACGAACCUCCCUCCCCGUCACCACUACCGCCGGCGCCGUUCGGUACCCCCGUCUCUGCCCUUCUGAUGGGCCCCAGAGAGGUUCUGACGACAUUGUCGAUGCUGCUGCUCGUUGCCGCGGAUGUUGGACUCCCCCAUUUUUCCGGUCGGCUUGGGUGGUCGUUUCCUUCUAGCGUCGCUGGCGUGGUGGGGCUGUUUGCAGGUGUGGAGUUUUGGGAUGCUACAAGGGGGGGCGUAGAGAGACGAAAAUAG